AUGCCGACACCUUUGGAUCGCGCAUUAAAUUCCAAGAACCUAUUCCUAGGGUUUGCCGGAAUGGUGACUGCAGCGGCCGCUUGGGCCAUCUGGGGUGGCGAUAUGUUCCCGGCUGAAGCUGACCCAACUGGAGGCACGGGAUCGAAUUCUUCUGUGGUUGUAGAUCCGGAAAACUGGACUGCAGAUGAAAUGCGGACAUGGCUUCGAGUUAGGGGCCUUUUGCCCAGCGAAAGCGCAUCGCGCGACGAGUUACUCGAGCGCAUAAAAGCAAAUAUGCGUGUACCGCGAAGAUCGGCGGCCCAGUGA